AUGGACUACGAGGAGAAGAGCGCUCGCGGGGGCUCUGGUGCCCCCGCGAGUGUCGACGCCGACAAGGGAGUCCUCACGAGCGAGAAGCCCGGUCUGUACGCAGAGGCCACCGAGUCCGGCUCCAUCGACCAGCAGAUCGAGGACGAACUCAAGGUGACGGAGGACGAUCUCCUAGAGGCAAAGGAGGCCGCCUCGGCCAUGACCUUUGAAGAGGUCACCAGUCUCUUGACGACUGUUCGGACCAUCCACGAGAAGGAUCCCAACUUCCCCCACUCCGUCCUCAUUCGCAUCGACGAAUUCCUCGAUAACCCCGAAAUCGCCCGCAACCCAGAGCAGCACUCGACUCUCAUCUACGAGAUGAAGCUCCAGGCUGCCCUCAUCACCAACAACAGUCCCUAUGCCGAGGUCAGGGCUGUCGUUGACAACCACGAUGACCCUUCCACUCCCUGCUCUACCGUCCGCGCUUGGACCAUCGGUAUCCUCUUCUCGGGCAUCCUCGCCUUCGUCAACCAGCUCUUUAGCAUUCGUCAACCCCCCAUCAACAUUGACUCCAACGUUGCUCAGCUUCUUGCUUUCCCUCUCGGCAAAGCAUGGGAAAAGUUCAUGCCGCAAUGGGAAUUCACCCUCUUCGGAAAAAAGCACAACCUCAACCCCGGCAGGUUUAACAAGAAGGAGCACAUGCUCAUCGCCAUCAUGGCCACCACGUCCAAGUCUCUCCCGUACACCCAGUACGUCAUCUGGACUCAGGUUCUCCCCUUCCAGUUCAACCAGCAGUACGCCCGGUCAUUUGGUUACCAGAUCCUCGUGGCCCUGUCUACAAACUUCAUCGGAUACGGUCUCGCCGGUCUCACCCGCCGGUUCAUCGUCUAUCCGGCUUACUGUGUCUGGCCGGCGUCCUUGGUGACCAUUGCCCUGAACUCGGCCCUGCACAACGAGGAGAACUCGCCCGUGCUCGGGCCAUUCAAGAAGAUCUUCCACAUAUCCCGCUACCGCUUCUUCCUCGUUGCCUUCGCAGCCAUGUUUGUCUACUUUUGGUUCCCCAACUACAUCUUCUCAGCCCUGACCUACUUCUCGUGGAUGACGUGGAUCGCCCCCGACAACCUCAACCUCAACGUCCUGACGGGAUUUCAGAAUGGCCUGGGCAUGUUUAACCCGUGGCCGACGUUUGACUGGAACGUCCUGCUCUUCGACCUCACUGAUCCCCUCAUGAUUCCUUGGUUCUCGACCCUGAACAAGGCCAUCGGCAUGUGGCUGUUUGGCUUCGUCAUCAUGGGCCUCUACUACACCAACACGUGGAACACUGCCUAUCUCCCCAUCAACUCCAAUCGCGUAUAUGACCAUUUCGGCCAGAGCUACAAUGUCUCCCAGGCCAUCAACGAGAAGGGUCUGUUCGAUAAGACGAAGUACUCUGCUUACUCGGCCCCCUACAUGUCGGCUGGAAACACCGUCGUCUACGGCACCUUCUUCGCCAUAUACAUGGCUACCGUCGUCUACGUUGCCCUCUUCCACCGCUACGAGGUCGUGUCCGGUUUCAAGAACAUGUGGAGUGUCCUGCGCCGCAGGUCGAAGCGUGACGACCCCAACAAGGGCGAGUACAUGGAUAUCCACAGCCGUCUCAUGAGGGCCUACCCCGAGGUCUCCGAAAUCUGGUACAUGGCCGUCCUCAUCACCGCUGCCGCCCUCGGUUUUGCCGGUAUUGGCGCCUGGCCUACUUACACCACCCUUGCUGUUGUCCCCUACGGUGUUCUUCUGGCCUUCAUCUUUGUCAUCCCCAUCGGUAUCGUCAAGGCCAUGACUGGUAUCGAGGUGACGACCAAUGUCUUUGCCGAGUUCAUCGGUGGUCUCAUUGUCGAGGGUAACGCUCUGGCCAUGAACUACUUCAAGUCAUUCGGCUAUGUCACAUGUGCACAUGCCAUCCAGUUUUCCAACGAUCUCAAGAUUGCCCACUACCUCAAGAUCAACCCUUGGUUCACAUUCAUCUGCCAGCUCGUGGCUACGUUCAUCUCCACCUUUGUUUCGGUCGGUGUCUUGGCCUUCCAGAUUGGCAUCGACGACGUGUGUACGACAGAGGCAUCGAUGAGAUUCACAUGUCCCGGCCAGACAACCUUCUUCACGGCCUCUGUGCUCUGGGGAACUAUCGGACCCAAGAAGAUCUUCGGCCACAAUGGCCAGUAUGCCCCCCUUCUGAUCGGGUUCGGCAUCGGCCUCGUCGUCCCCAUCAUCUUCUACCUCAUCAUCAAGUGGAAGCCGCGCAACCGCUACAUCCGACAGUUCCACCCGGUCGCCAUCUUCUACGGAGGAAUCAACUGGGCGCCCUACAACUUCUCGUACGUGUGGCCGGCCGUGCCCAUCUCGUGGCUUAGCUGGAUCUUCAUCAGAGGCCGGUACCUGUCCUUCUGGUCCAAGUACAACUUUGUCCUGUCGGCCUCCUUCUCGGCCGCAAUCGCCAUCGCCGGAAUCAUCAUGCUCUUCUCCGUCCAGUGGGUCGACGCUGACAUCAACUGGUGGGGCAACACCGUCAUCUCCAAGGGCUGCGAGGGUGACGCUUGCACUCUCAAGGUGCUCGGCGAGGGUGAGCGCUUCUACCCAUGGUGGGACUCUUCAAAGGCUAUCGCCCCUUAG